AAUAUAUAUAUAUAUAUAUAUGCUGAAUAAGAGACUAUCAAGGAACGUUUACAUCUUUUCUUUCUUUUUCUCUUCUUAAUACUUCAACGCAAGUAACCAUUCCAUGCUUAGAAAGAAUAGUAAACAGAAGUCUGUCAGUAGUCGCAACAGUUCAGUUUCCUCUAUAGACAUGACCAAUUCUUCAAGCUCUUCUGUAUGCUCUAUGCCUAGUUACUUCUCUCAUCCACAUUUACUAGACCAUUCUCAUUUGAAACCAGGUCAAAAUGCUUCACUUUUAUCUUAUAGUCAGACAAUCCAUAUGUACAGAGAAAAUGCCAAAAAGACAGAUAACAUGGACAUCUUGUGUGACUUUAGUACGUUUCUAGUCGAAGCUGCCAAACGAGUCGAAAAUACAGAAUACAUACUAGAAGCAGAAAAAAUACUCAAGCAAAUAGCCAUGCGAGGACAUAGUGAAUCACAAUAUUACCUGGCAAACAUGUACGGAGCAGGAUUAUUGAACAAAAAGAAUCAUCAACCAGAAUUCAACAAAUCUUUUCCAUUGUUUGUUCGAUCAGCUAAACGUCAUCAUCCUGAUGCUGCUUAUAGAGCUGCUAAAUGUUAUGAAGAUGGAUUAGGUACAAGAAAAGACAAAGCUAAAUCAGUUCAAUAUUAUCGAAAGGCAGCUACUCUAAACCAUCCUGGUGCGAUGUAUAGACUUGGUUUGGCUCAAAUAAAAGGUGAACUUGGUUUAUCAAGAAAUGUACGAGAUGGACAUAAAUGGCUUAAAAGAUCUGCCGAAGCUGCUACUCCGCAAUACCCUCAUGCGUUACAUGAAUUAGGAAUGCUUCAUGAAAAAGGUGUCGAUUCAGUUAUCUUUGCUGACCCUAAGUAUGCACUGCAUCUGUAUCAUGAAGCUGCUAUGCUAGGUUAUGCUCCUUCUGCUUAUCGUCUGGGUGAAUGCUAUGAAUUCGGCAAGUUGGAAUGCACAAUUAAUCUUCAGGUUUCAAUCCAGUAUUACCGUAUUGCAGCAGAACAGCAAUAUCCUGAAGCAUGCUUUGCAUUAACAGCUUGGUAUUUAGUGGGCGUUCCUGAUAUAUUGGAAGCUUCUGAUGAACAAGCGUAUAUAUGGGCCCUGAUUGCAGCACAAAAAGGGCUACCUAAAGCAGAAUAUGCAGUAGGCUACUUUACAGAAAUGGGUAUUGGGAUAACGAAAAACGAAACAGAGGCUAUAGAAUGGUAUACGAAAGCAGCAUGUCAUGGAGAAAAGAAAGCAAUAGAAAGACUAGAAUUAGGUAUAAAAAAAUCAGACAACAAGAGAUACAGCUUUAUCCAAAAGGCUACUCUUCUUUUAACCAAAAGGCAAUAACUGUUUCUAUCC